CAACCAUAUCAAUCCAUCUGUGGAUGAUGCCAGGAACAGAUUCUUGAGAAGAAACAAGAACCAGACCAUCAGGUGGCCUGAGGAACUUCAAAUUAGAGCGCCCUCUACCAGAUAAAUCCCAACCUUGGACAUUUGGCUUACCAUUAAAGCACAGAAGGUGCAGACCCACCUGGAGAGCCCCUCCAAGUACCACAUCCAGCAGACCCAGAGGCAGCAGGUGAAGCAUUACCUGUCGAGUGCACUGGGAGCCAAGCUAAGCCCACAGGCCAGCACAGGGCCCGGCCCCAGCCAGUCCACGGAGCACGGCAUGCCCCCUGGACCAGGAGCCAGUGCUCCUAAUAGCCCUAUGGCCCUUCUCACCCUCAACUGUGAGAAAGAGAUGGACGAUGUAAUUGAAGACAUCAUAAGUUUGGAGUCAAGCUACAACGAUGAUAUUCUAGGAUUCAUGGAUGCAGGACUUCAAAUGACUAAUACGAUUCCAGUUUCUUCAAACCUGUUGGACAUGUACAACAGUCAUGCUCUUCCUCCAACUGGGGUUACCAUUAACAACUCCUGCCCGUCUAACCUACCGGCUGUCAAAAGGGAAUUAUCCGUUACCCCAGCACCUGGCAUGAUGCACAUAAUGGACAAGCCUGGAUCAUGUGGCAACUUUGACACUUAUCAAAGGCCUGAAUGCUUUCCAGUAGAAGCAGAGGUCAGAGCCUUGGCCAAAGAGAGACAAAAGAAAGACAACCACAACCUCAUUGAAAGAAGGCGGCGUUUUAAUAUAAAUGACAGAAUUAAGGAGCUGGGGACAUUAAUACCCAAGUCAAAUGAUCCAGACAUGAGAUGGAAUAAGGGCACCAUCCUGAAAGCUUCAGUGGAUUAUAUUAGGAAACUGCAGAAAGAGCAGCUAAAAGCAAAAGAGCUGGAAAACAGACAAAAGAGACUAGAACAUGCCAACAGACAUCUCCUGCUUCGUAUUCAGGAGCUUGAGAUGCAAGCCCGUGCUCAUGGACUCGCCGUUGUAGCCUCUCCCAGCCUUUAUUCAACUGACCUGGUGGCUCGAGCCAUCAAACAAGAGCCUGGUAUGGGGGACUGCACGUCUGAUUUAUACCCACACCUCCCCAGUCCUGACCUGUCCCGUCCCACCACUCUGGACCUCAACAACGGCACCAUCAGCUACAAUGACAGCCCCACGGAAGAAGAGGAACCGGGGGUCUACGACAGCCCCAACAAGGCCUCCACCAAGCUGGAGGACAUGCUCAUGGACAACACCCUGUCUCCAGUGGGCAGCAGUGACCCCCUGCUGUCCUCCGGGUCCCCCAUCCCAUCCAGCAGCAGCGGCAGCAGCAGUAUGGAUGAACAUGAAAAUGGCUGUUAGCAUUGUGAACAAACUUUGACGAACCAAAGUUAGAUGAUUAGAUGUUUCUUUGUAUAAAGAUAUGUUACCUGAGAGUACCAGUGUUACAUUCAGAUGGUUUCCUUUAAAUCCAGAACAUGUGUAACAUGAAGAUCAAAAUUACGUACAGUACUUAUCUUGUAUUUUAGAAUAUUAUAUAUAUUUUUUUCAUUUAUCAUGUUGGAGUUUACUACUUAAGAUUGACUGAUUUGAACAGUUUGUUGAUUCAUGAAGGAUUUCUCUAGAACAAUAUGAAGAAUAGCUAGAAUA